AUGGCGGAUGCCGACGAAGCCUUUGGCCUCCCCCAUACGCCCCUGGAGGCCGAGUCUAAGGAGCUGCCUCCCGAAGCCAAGCAAGAGAACCCUCUGGGGAGUAGCAGCAAAGCCCCCGCGUCCCCGCAGGCGGCUUUCACCCAGCAGGGCAUGGAGGGGAUCAAAGUGUUUUUACAUGAACGAGAACUGUGGCUAAAAUUUCAUGAAGUGGGGACCGAAAUGAUCAUCACCAAGGCGGGACGGCGUAUGUUCCCCAGUUACAAAGUCAAGGUCACCGGACUGAAUCCCAAAACGAAGUACAUCCUGCUCAUGGAUAUUGUACCAGCUGACGACCACAGAUACAAAUUUGCAGAUAAUAAAUGGUCCGUGACUGGGAAAGCAGAGCCUGCCAUGCCUGGACGGCUGUACGUGCAUCCGGAUUCUCCAGCCACAGGUGCCCACUGGAUGCGUCAGCUGGUCUCCUUUCAGAAACUAAAGCUAACCAAUAACCAUCUCGACCCAUUUGGACAUAUUAUACUGAAUUCCAUGCACAAAUACCAGCCCAGACUGCACAUCGUAAAAGCUGACGAAAAUAAUGGAUUUGGCUCGAAAAACACAGCGUUCUGCACCCACGUCUUCCCCGAGACAGCUUUUAUCGCUGUGACCUCCUACCAGAAUCACAAAAUCACCCAAUUAAAGAUCGAGAACAAUCCUUUUGCCAAAGGAUUCCGGGGAAGUGAUGAUAUGGAGCUGCACAGAAUGUCAAGAAUGCAAAGUAAAGAGUACCCAGUGGUCCCCAGGAGUACGGUGAGACAGAAGGUAGCUGCUAACCACAGCCCCUUCAGCGGUGAGGCCAGAGUUCUCUCAGCCUCUUCCAACUUGGGGUCCCAGUACCAGUGUGAGAAUGGUGUCUCUAGUACCUCCCAGGACCUGCUGCCCCCACCCAACCCAUACCCCCUGUCCCAGGAGCAUGGCCAGAUUUACCAUUGUACCAAGAGAAAAGAUGAGGAAUGUUCCACCACCGAGCAUCCCUACAAAAAGCCCUACAUGGAGACCUCCCCCAGUGAAGAGGACCCCUUCUAUCGCUCCAGCUACUCCCAGCAGCAGGGGCUGAAUCCCUCCUACAGGACUGAGUCUGCCCAGCGCCAAGCCUGCAUGUAUGCCAGCUCGGCUCCCCCCACAGACUCCGUGCCCAGCCUGGAAGACAUAAGCUGUAACACGUGGCCUGCCAUGCCUUCCUACAGUAGCUGUACGGUGACGGCCAUGCAGUCCGUGGAUAGACUCCCCUACCAGCAUUUCUCGGCCCACUUCACUUCGGGGCCCUUGGUGCCCCGCUUGGCUGGGGUGGCCAAUCACGGCUCCCCCCAGCUCGGGGAGAGCAUGUUUCAGCACCAGACGUCCGUCCCCCAUCAGCCUGUGGUUCGACAGUGUGGACCGCAGACCAGCCUCCAGUCCCCCAGCAGCAUACAGCCUGCUGAGUUCCUGUACUCUCAUGGGGUACCUCGAACCCUGUCUCCUCAUCAGUACCACUCUGUCCAUGGGGUGGGCAUGGUGCCAGAGUGGAGUGAGAAUAGCUAA